AUGGUAGCAAUUUUCAUUUUGUGUUUGGCCCUGUUCACAGGUGCUACGACAGCGUUGGAUUUUGAUCAGGUUGAUCUUGCACUAAACGGCACCACCAAUGUCACGACUCUGCAGCAGUUCCCCUCGGUAGUGCAGGUGGAGUUCCUCAACAUCUGGGGCUGGGAGGUGUGGACCCAGAACUGUGCUGCUUCUAUCUUGACUUCGUGGUGGAUUCUAUCUGCUACUACCUGUUUCUUUGGACCGUCAUACCCCGACCCAUACGCGCGGCGUAUCCGCGCUGGAGCCAACAACCGGAAUACGGGAGGCCAAAUCAUCUACGUAGACUUCCCGGUCCACUACCAGCAGAACAUCACCAACACUACCGCCAUCGAGCAUGACAUCAGUGUGGUCCGGCUCCGCAGUCCGCUGUUCUUCGGCAACCUCAUCCAACAGGGCGCUAUCAUCGCUUCGGGCUUCCACAUCCCCCCCGGUUUGCUUGUUAACCAAGUGGGUUGGGGAGCGAAGAUACCUGGUAACUUCACAGCGUUGUCCAGCGUGCCCAUCACUACGGUAAACAUCGACCAACCGGUCGGCAUUCAACCUCGCAUCCUCGCCGGUCGGUUGAGUGGCAAUGUCACAGACAACGGUGACAUCGGCGGCCCUUGGUUCCUUGGCAAUAUUACCGUCGGCUGCAGAACCUUGGGAAUGGUUCUAUCAUCUAAACGGAUAGUGGGCGGGCAUCCAACCUCCAUAGAACACCAUCCAUCCAUGGUGCAAGUGGAACUGCUGAGUCAGAUCACCUUCACCUGGUCACAGAACUGCGCUGGCUGCAUCCUCACGUCGAGGUUCAUCGUGUCUGCUGCUCAAUGCUUUAAUGAAUGGAACCUGGAGUUUCCAUACCGUCGCAUCCGUGCUGGCGCCACCUACCGCAACAGAGGUGGAAGCGUGGUCUACAUUGACAGAGCUGUCAAACACCCCUCCUACGGAACCAACGGGCUGGAGGCUGACGUCAGCGUGGUCAGGUUGUUGACCCCGUUGGUCUACAGUCCGACUAUACGACAGGGGUCCAUCGUGUCUGCUAACUUUGUGGUGCCAGAUCACACAAGGGUCGUGUUGGCAGGGUGGGGGCGGAUUGCUGAAGCUGGUCCAACAUCAGACAUACUCCGCGAGGUUUCAGUUUACACCAUCAACAACCAGCUGUGCGCUGGCAGAUACGCCACACUCAGCUGGCCAAUCACAGUUACGCCUAACAUGAUUUGUUCCGGAAUCCUCGAUGUUGGUGGCAAAGACGCGUGCCAUGGCGACUCUGGCGGGCCAAUGUACCUUGGCCACGUGGUCAUUGGCAUCAUAUCUGGCGGCUAUAGCUGUGCCAAUUGCACCUUCCCUGGCAUAAGCAUCGCAGUAGCUUCCUACACUAAUUGGAUACUCGAUACUGUUUAUGGAUGGCAUUAA